CAGCCCCUAAACAGUGGCCUUGGGGCCAUGAAGCCCCUGCCUGCUGCAGCUGCCCUGGACUGCCCCCAGGGGGGCUCUGCCCAGCUGCUCAGGGGUCCCCAGGCCCUGGAGUGUGAUGCCUGGCUGGGAUCCCAACUCGUUGACUGACCCGAGCAUCCAGUCUCUGUCUAUAGAAGGUGUGUGAUAAUGGCCGGCUUGCCCUGGACUUGAAGACUCUCCCAAAGGAGCCCAGCUGAGGGCCUGGCCUGCAGGGGCUCCGAACCCUGGUGCUCAUCUUGGUGCAUUUCCUGGCCUGCGCCCCUGUCUGGAGGACACCGUCUUGGGUGGGGAUCCUCCUCCUUCCGUGCUCUGGGCGCUGGGGGCCUGGGAGAGACGCAGCCUCUCAGUCGUCUGUAGGAGAGGGGCCAGACCUGACCCUGUGACCUGUAGCAGGCCCCUGGGAGCUGGGCGCCCCCUCCUGCUGUCUGAGGACCAGGGGACUAGCAGGGAGACAAGCACAGUCCACACGCCUGCAGCCCCAGGCAGAGCCUGUGGCCAGGGAGGUGGUGCCCGGCCCCCAGAAGCACAGCCCAGAUGCUGGAGAGGCCUGGUGGUGUGGCUCGCAGGCCUCAUGCAGGCUGGGAGGGCACCUUCAGUCAGGUUCAACCCAAGGACGGGGGUCUGGGUGCCACCAAGCCAGGCCUAGGGUGCUGGGGGAGGGAGAGCUGAAUUGUGCCUGGCUCCCCCGGCUCCCCAUCCAUGCUCAGGCCCGUGGGCCAGGAUGGGGAACCCCUCCUGCUCACAGUUUUACCAAGUCGUCAGGGCGGACUGUGUGGCAGGCUCCUGCCAGCCCGGAGCGGGGGAGCCAGGCUGGUCAGGGGUGGGUGUGGGCAUGGGCGAGGCUGGGCAUGGGCGGGGCCUGGGCAGGGGGCGGGGCCUGCCCAGGACUGGGGUUCAGGGAAGGCUCUUGCAGAGAGCCCAGAGGCCCGAGGACAGCAGGGCUUUUGCAGAGGACUGAGCGCAGACAGGCAAGGCCUCUGAGGAGGGCCCAGGGCCCGGCCAGCGCCCAGCCCCGCUGGGAGCCUCCGCCAGCACCACGGACGGCCCCCAGGAAGCCCGAGUCCCCCUGGACGGGGCCUUCUGGAUCCCAAGGCCCCCAGCGGGUUCGCCCAAGGGCUGCUUCGCCUGCGUGUCCAAGCCCCCCGCCCUGCAGGCUCCAGCGGCCCCCGCCCCUGCGCCCUCAUCCUCGCCCCCCAUGGCGCCCACUCUGUUCCCCAUGGAGUCCAAAAGCAGUAAGACGGACAGUGUGCGGGCUGCCGGCGCGCCCCAGGCCUGCAAGCACCUCGCAGAGAAGAAGACAAUGACGAACCCCACGACGGUGGUGGAGGUCUACCCGGACACCACGGAGGUCAACGACUACUACCUGUGGUCCAUCUUCAACUUCGUCUACCUCAACUUCUGCUGCCUGGGAUUCAUCGCCCUGGCCUACUCCCUGAAAACCCUGUCCGGAACUCCAACUCUGACAAAACCGCCCUACUCAAAAUGUCUAGAUGAAGCUUCUCGCUUAACACUCGGGAAUGAAGCUCCUGAACCACGCAGACACACUCCUGGGACCUUCCACAACUUCCCUGUUUCAAGUAAUGUUCGGGACAAGAAGCUCCUGAACGACCUGAGCGGAGCGGUGGAGGACGCCAAGACGGCCCGGCUUUUCAACAUCACCAGCUCCGCCCUGGCGGCCUCUUGCAUCGUCCUGGUCUUCGUCUUCCUGCGGUACCCGCUCACCGACUACUGAGGCCACUGCCCCUUGGCCGCGGGGACAAAGCGCCAAGACGUGUUUGCUUCUGCGAUUGAGGUGAUGCAGGACGCUGUGCGGUGGUGGCCAGGCAGGGCGUCUGCCUCGGGGUCCCCAAAGCUGUGAGCCAGGCAGCGAGGAUGCUCUGCACAGGAAGGGGGCAGCGAGCUCCUGCCGGCCCACCCUCUCUGCCUCCCGGCCUCCUGCCUCCGCCUGUUUUGGGGUCCUGGGCUCCCCCUUCUGCUGCUGUACCCUGGCUCCCGUGGCUGCCCUCCCUGCCCUCCUGUGUCCACGCCCCUGGGGCCCCUCAGAUCCAACACCCUGUAUGAAGGGCUUCUGUGGGAGUGCCCCAGGCUGAGGGGGGCUGCCGGCAUCUGGGGGCUCCCCACCCUCCUGGGCCCACCUCCCCCAAGCUGUGACCCUGCUCAGAGCUCUUGUAUCUGUGAACUUUCAAUAAAACACUGUCCAGCUCUG